GAGCUUUCAGACUAAAGAGAAAGUAGAAACAUGCGUUUCUCUAAAAAUCAUCCUUUCAUAAUAGGGAUGAUCCAUGUGCCUGCUUUACCAGGUACUCCCAGAGGUAGUGAUAAGAUAAGAAAUAUUUUAUCAUUUGUAAGAAAGGAGGUUUCAAUUUACUGGAAUGCAGGAGUGGAUUCUAUAUUAGUGGAAAAUAUGCAUGACCUCCCCUAUAUCCAGGGCAGGGAUAUGGGACCAGAGAUUGUAGCUUGUAUGACCAGAAUUUGUUCAACAGCUAAAUCUGCAUUCCAGAGGAGAAACCUAGCUGCAUGUAUCGACCCACAUGAAAAAAUGGUGAACUCGUUAAGAGCCUUGUUUAGUGCACUGCCAGGUGAUGUACAGGACAAAGCAUCAAAGGUUACAUACAGCACUUAUUUCAAAGAUGGGAAUGAAUAUAUAUUAGCAAGAUUUCCUGGUCUAACAGAAGAGGGAACAGGCAGCACUAAAGCCGAGGCUAAAACACUCGGUCUCCUUCAGUUAUGUGAAAAUCUGGUGGAUGAAGAAAAACUUGACCAAAAACAUGUAAUAGCAAAGUACAAAGAUGAACAUAUGGAGCAGCUGACAAAUAAAACAGUUCUUCAACAUUUCAAUUCUUAUUGUAAAGAGAAAAAUCUUCAGCUCCAAAUGGAUGCAGUUUGGGAUGAUGAUCAGAAAAAGUUCAGAGGUUCAGUGUACGUAGAUGGUGAACUUAUUGGGGAAGAAUUUGGCAAUUCAAAGAGAGGUGCUAAGUUAAAGAGCUGUUGGAAGGCCCUUAAAACAAAAAAUUAUGUUGGCAUCCAGAUUUUGGCAGGCGGCAACAAGCAGGCAUUGGCAGUGGCCCAAGCAGCAGAGUUGGACUAUAUAAGAGCCGAGGGCUUUGUUUACUCCCACGUCGCUGACGAGGGCUGGAUGGAUGCCUGCGCGGGAGAUCUCCUACGUUAUAGAAAGAUAAUUGGAGCCAAGGACGUCAAAAUCUUUACAGACAUAAAAAAGAAACAUAGUGCCCAUGCAGUGACUUCUGAUAUCAGUUUAGUGGAGACAGCCAGGGCUGCUGAACUUUUUGGGAGUGAUGGGGUCAUUGUGACAGGGACGGCCACAGGGGUGGAGACCGACCCCACAGAAGUUCAAGAUGUUGUACGUAGUGUCUCCAUUCCAGUUCUAGUGGGAUCUGGUGUGACUAUGAACAAUGUGCAUAAAUUCCAAAGUGCCAGUGGACUUAUAGUGGGAUCUCACUUUAAGAGACUACAACAGUGGGACAAUCAAAUUAACAUAGCCAGGUUACUCAAGUUCAUGUUACGAGUCAGGCCCGAGUGUGUAGACUAUGAUAAAGUGUUCAUGACGCCAGAGGUUGUAGAAGAAGAACUUAGUGAUUCUAACGGUUGUUAUGAAUUGGAUGAUGAUUUAGAUAUAAAAUAG